ACGAAUACCAGAUGGCGCCAGGAGCGGUGCGGGCGGCUCCGCCCUCUCUCGUCCCACGCGCGACGUUCGAAAGCGGACCGGACCCGCAACCGGUAGCAGACGGUUUUCGCGGGCCGCCGGAGCAGACGGCGCGCAGGAUCGUUUAAAACUUUCGUGGUCACGUGUCUCGAACGAUGACAGUACCUCUCUCGCUAUAGGGCCACACGAGAGAGGUGAUUCCUAUAGCGGAAGGACCAACGGACAAUCUGACUGGCGCUUGAUGACCAAGAAGCUUCGGGACAAACAAGGACUGCGCGUGAAAUCAGUGUCGGCAGUUCCAAAAUUUUUGACUUCUUUGAGUUCCACAGAAGAACGCAUGACAACGACAAGAAAACCUGGCUUGAAUCACUUCAAGAAGGCGUCGGUAUUCGAAGGUAGAAGAUGUGCUCGACCAUCCGCAGGACUUCGGCUGUCCCUGUCAACGAUGGGAGAUGCAGUUAAACUGCGUUUAACGGGCCAAUCGUGCGUGUUCUGCGACAAUUCCGCGGAGUUGGAAGUUGUAACGCUGCUGCAGUGUUACGUGAAUCCAAACGCACAUUAAGUCUGCGAAGAUCGUCGCGCUUUUUUGCUGACCAUGAGGAACUUCAUAUCUUCAACUACACACACCCUUUUGCUCUUAAAGAUCAUCCAUGUGUCCAUGUGAACUCUAACUGCCCACGUGCUACCCAAUGACUCCCGCUUGAACGCUCCGUACGUUAAGAACCAACUUAAAGGAACUCAUUCGAUGUCGUCGUACCAUUCGUACUGGAGUCCAACACGGACAUCGCAUCUCGAAGGCAACGGCUCGGAACAAACCAGACCUUCAAGAGUGUCGGCCAAGUUGGCUUCGUUCCGGACGAGAAGCAGUUUGCACUUGAGCGUGGCAGGCUUUAGAGGAGCCAUUCUAAGCGGGCUGUAAAUAAAGAGGCCCGGCACGCUAUCGUCCGACCAUAGCCAGUCCUGGAGCCACACCUGGCACGACCUCGGCUUUUUUUGGAUUGGUGACACGAUGUCUGCAUGUCCAUGGUGUCUAUAGUUGUUGGUUCGCCGGGAAGCGUGGACUGUGCGACGUAGUGCGGGGUCAUCGGAAGUGCUGGCUGUGGACCGCGAUACAUCUCCGAGGAUUAAAGUCAAGCUCACCAUCGACACGACAGUCAGUGGUGGUUCUUUGGUCAUCGAGUGGAUUUUUGAAUCGACCCGGCGAGCUUGGCCGACAUGUUCUUGAAUCGUGAACGCUUCGCAGGUGCAGCGGUUCCUGCGCAGGCCACAGGCGGACUAUGCCCACAUCUACGCCGGCACGUGUCGGUGACGUCAGCGCAGUUGACCGGGCUGCAAUGAGCCAAUGGGACAGCCGCGAUGAGUCCCGCCUACAGGACAUCCGUGCGACGCCUGGUCGUCUACACGGCCGCCCUCUGCAUCCUCAUUGGCUACGCCUUCUUCGCGCCAGACCUGACGCCAGCGUCGGGACCCCAUUACGAACAAUUACUGCCCCGCCAAGUCAUCCUCAACGAGCAGGACCGCGCGACGAGCGGUCCGAUGAUCGUCAUGGGUGCUUUGGCAGAAGGUGACGUCAUCGGAGCCCAGCGCCACGUCCGGGAACAUGCGGAACGGACGCGUCAAGAAACGUCGUGACGUCGACUUCGCGUUUCCGGGUGGACUCGUCGAUCUGAAAACUAACUUCGGUAGGCGGCAAGUCAGCGGCGGUGCUGAAAAUGUUCUCCUGCGUCGAAGUGCUUCGAGCCCUCCCGGUCGACUCACCCUGGCUCUGAAGAUGACGCCGCCCCCGACAGCGAAGAUAUCCCGCCUGCCGGAAUCCAUCGUUGGCAGUAAUAGGCGGGACGCUGUCGUAGUUCAGAAUGGUAAGCCGAAGACUCAUCCGGAGUGGAAAAGCCAGGCGUUCGGCGCAGCUGAAGAUAUCGACUCGUUUAAUGAAGUGCUCGAUGGCGAGAACAAUGUGUACGACGAACAGGCACCGCAGUUCGCCGGUGGUGAAGUGAUCAGUGACUACGGGCACUCGGUGACCAAGGACUCUGCGAACAUUGCGAACAGCCUCGAAGCCGGACGGGGAGUGAAUGCCACUACGCCUAUUAGGCCUCGGGAACAUCUCGGUGUACGGGAAGCCCAAGCGUCUGACAAUGAGGUGGCGGAGCGUCCCGAACGGCGCCUUCCGCAGGCCAUCAUCAUCGGCGUGAAGAAGGGCGGCACCAGGGCAGUGCUGGAGUACCUGAGACUGCACCCGCAGGUGAGGGCCGCGGGGCCCGAGCCGCACUUCUUCGACAAGCACUACCAUCGCGGAUUCGACUGGUACCGGUGAGUGCGUCAGCAC